CGCACUUUAGCAACGCACCUUUACCUUACCUUGUAGCUCACCAUCAUCAUCAUCACUCCAGUCGAGUCAACACCAUCCGUCCCCCAAAACACACUCUGUUCUUAGAGAAAGACCGAACCAGCGACGGCAAUGGCGGUCAAGACCUGACCUGACCUACUGCUUCCCUCCUCCUUCAGUUCGGUGUUUGAGCGUCACAGUUUGGCGAAAACGCGAUUGGAUUGGAUUGGAUUGGAAGGAUUUGAUCCAAAAUGUUAGGCCGGCCGUCGUUUAUGCUGUACCGGACGGGGAGUUUCCGCGCCGAGAACAUCGGCCAGAACGCCAUGGCCAUGAUUGGAAACCUAUGCUUCACACUCUUCGUCGUCGGCGUUCUCGUCUUCACCAUAAUCGCCGCCACAUACCAGCCGGAGGAUCCUCUCUUCCACCCUUCCAAUAAAAUCACCACUUUCCUCACUUCCAAAAGCAACGCCACAUUCGUCUCCGACGUAGGCGUCGUCAAGACCGGCGAGGACUUCGUCGCCUCCAACCAGACCGCAUUUGCCACGUUCAUCAACAUCACCGAUGUUGACAAGGUGAUUGAAUCCGAAACUGUCGUCGCCAAAUCCGACGACGACGAAGAUUCCUCUUCAUCAGGAACCGCCGAGAGCGCCAAUAAGGAAUGUCGAAUCGAUGAACCGAUCAAUUGCCGCGAUCUGGACGUCUUCCAUUUGCUGAUGAGGUCUGCCAUUGAAGCAUUCCCAGACAUCCAUUUCUACCGCUUCGGAAAGCCCGUCCCCGGCUACAACGAGACCUCCUGCCACAUGGCCUGGCGAUUCCGACCAAAGGAUGGAAAAGCUGCUGCAUAUUACAAGGAUUACAGGAGUUUUACCGUUGUAAGAUCUGAGAAUUGCAGCCUAAGUGUGGCCGGAAUCGGCGCAUACCACUCCGGCGGGAAUGCAAGAAAGAGGAAAGGAAAAGGACGGGGGAGGAGACGCGGUAAGGCCGACAAGAAUAAGGAUAGUGACAACAAGGAUGCCUUUGUCCCGACAAAGGUGGAGGAUGCUCCGAUUGCGCUGCCGGAGGUUGGAGAAGUUGUCGAAGAUACGCUUCCUACGAUAGAGUCGGAGAGUUCAUUCAGCCACGGGAAGUAUUUGCUCUACUCGGCAGGCGGCGAUCAUUGCAAAAGCAUGAAUCAAUAUCUAUGGAGUUUCACAUGUAUGCUGGGAGAAGCACAGUAUUUGAAUCGAACUUUGGUGAUGGAUAUGAACCUUUGUUUGUCGAAGAUCUACGCCUCGUCCGGACAGGACGAGGAGGGCAAAGAUUUCCGAUACUACUUUGAUUUCGAGCACUUGAUGGAUUCGGCGUCCGUGCUCGAUCAGAAGCAGUUUUGGUCGGAGUGGACGAAAUGGCAACAGAAGGACGGCUUGAGUCUCCAUCUCGUUGAGGAUUUCAGGGUCACGCCGAUGAAGUUAGCUGGCGUGAAGGACACUUUGAUUAUGCGAAAGUUUGGGGCGGUGGAGCCGGAUAAUUAUUGGUACCGUGUUUGCGAGGGCGAGGCAGAGUCAGUUAUCGAGCGGCCAUGGUCGAUGGUUUGGAAAUCAAGGCGACUUUUGGACAUCGCAUCCGCCAUUGCAGCUAGGAUGAACUGGGAUUUCGACGCAGUUCACGUAGAACGCGGGGAGAAGGCGAAUAACAAGGAAAUGUGGCCGAAUCUCGAAAGGGACACCUCCCCCGAAGCUCUUUUGGCGACAUUGCAAUACAAGAUCGAAAACGGGAGGAACUUGUACAUUGCGACGAACGAACCGGAUAUAUCGUUCUUCAACCCGUUGAAGGACAAGUACUCGACGCACUUUCUAGACGAGUAUAAAGACUUAUGGGAUCCGAACAGCGACUGGUACACAGAAAUGACGAAGCUCAACAACGGAAACCCCGUUGAAUUCGACAACUACAUGAGGAUAUCGGUGGACACGGAGGUGUUCUUGAGGGGCAAGAAGCAGAUUGAGACUUUUAACGAUCUAACCAAGGACUGCAAGGAUGGCAUCAACACGUGCGCGGCAAGUGCAAGUUGAUCGAGGUUAAGUGUUUCUUGAACCUUAAGUGUUUUUGUUUUGAUGCAUUGCAUUGUUUGUGUGUUUGUUUGUUUAUUGUUCUGCUAGUGUAGCUGGAGAUUGGUUAUAAAUGUUUGGAUGAUUGAUUUCUGCUAUGAAAAAGAACCCCCCAUAGCCAUAGGUAGAUUGGUUUAAUUAAUUUGUUGUUUGUUUGCUCGAUUUAAUUAUAUACCAUUGUUGCUUACUUUA